GGGCGGGGCCCUGGCCCGUGAUAAACAAGGCGGGCGAGCCAAUCAGCGCGCUCGGUGGGACGUGACUCAGCUGUUGUUCGGGCCUUUAUAAACUUCGGUCGCAGCCGCAGCAGCGACAUUGUUUUCUUCUUCUUCGACAUCAGAGACAUUACAGAGGCCGUGAUGCUGCCGCUGCCCCUCGCCCUGUUGGCGGUCUGCCUGAGCUCCGGGCUCUCGGCCCCCGCGCUGGACGCACAGCUGGACGACCACUGGGGCCUGUGGAAGAACUGGCACAGUAAAAACUACCACCAGAAGGAGGAGGGCUGGAGGAGGAUGAUCUGGGAGAAGAACCUGAGGAUGAUCGAGCUGCACAACCUGGAGCACUCGCUGGGAAAACACACCUACCGCCUGGGCAUGAACCACUUUGGAGACAUGACGCACGAGGAGUUCAGGCAGAUCAUGAACGGCUACAAGCACAAGGCGGAGAGGAAGACGAGGGGCUCCCUGUUCCUGGAGCCCAACUUCGUGGUGGCCCCGUCCGCCGUGGACUGGAGGGAGAAGGGCUACGUCACCCCCGUCAAGGACCAGGGUCAGUGUGGCUCCUGCUGGGCGUUCAGCACCACCGGGGCGCUGGAGGGCCAGAAUUUCCGGAAGACGGGCAAGCUGGUGUCCCUGAGCGAGCAGAACCUGGUGGACUGCUCCCGGCCCGAGGGCAACGAGGGCUGCAACGGCGGACUGAUGGACCAGGCCUUCCAGUACGUCAAGGACAACCAGGGCCUGGACUCUGAGGAGUCCUACCCCUACGUGGGAACGGACGAGCAGCAGUGCAACUACGACCCCAAGUACAACUCCGCCAACGACACCGGCUUCGUCGACGUCACCAGCGGCAAGGAGCACGCGCUGAUGAAGGCCGUGGCCAGCGUGGGCCCCGUGUCGGUGGCCAUCGACGCCGGCCACACGUCGUUCCAGUUCUACCAGUCAGGAAUCUACUACGAGAAGGAGUGCAGCAGCGAGGAGCUGGACCACGGCGUGCUGGUGGUGGGUUACGGUUUCGAGGGAGAAGAUGCGGCGGGCAAGAAAUACUGGAUUGUCAAGAACAGCUGGAGUGAAAAGUGGGGAGACAAGGGCUACAUCCUGAUGGCCAAAGACCGAAAGAACCACUGCGGCAUCGCCACGGCGGCCAGUUACCCUCUGGUCUAACGUCGGCACGGCUCCACUUUACUGCACCAUAGUGUUUUUUUAUUGCAAUAGUUCGGCCGGAGACGAGCGACGGAAAGAGGCUUCGGCCCCGAGCGACGCGCUGUGACCGGAGAGUCUGCAGCCUUUUAUGAGGAGAAAACACUGUUUGUGUGUUUGUUGUUUUUGUUUUUAGGGAAAUGGCGCCAUUUUGGUUCGGGCUGAUUUCAUUGCCUCUCUAUUUUGUCUCGACAAGACUUUUAGUUUUAGCGUUUUAUUCUUUGUAAAUAUGUGUAUGCUGCGCGGCGAGUGGGAACGUUCAACACUUGCUUCUGUCAUUGUAAAUGAUUUUUUUCUUUUCUACUUUUACUGUGAUCAAUUAAAAAGUUGUGAAACACUA